GCCAUUGAUUAGUCAUCGUACUAUGCGUUGUCAAGCUUGAAUAUGCACUGCCUGUUGUACUGCGUAGAUUAUGAGUUACCCUAUGCGUGGACUUGGACUGCGCAGUCCUAGAAACAAAUGAUACCCGGAUGCUGAACUGAACGUGUUCGCCUAUCAAAAUGAUAUUUGCAUGACAGACACUAAAACUCAGCUAAAUGUGAUCCUUGGUUCGUCGUUUUGUUUUGUUCCCUAUGGGGUAUCGACAAAGCGCUUGACGAAACGCAGGGCCGAAUGCCCUGAUUUGAACCCUCUGAGCUUGAUCUGGCCCUCAACAAACAUGAGGUGCUGAGAAGGCUUUUGAGCGCUGUGUCCUGCCUUCAUGGUGGAUUGUUGAUUAUCAAAAUGAUGUUCAAAUAUCUGUGGUCGAAGCCUGCAGGUGGGGGGCCUGCACCUCUGAUCAGCAAUCCUGUCAAGCACUGGAUGGUAACGCUCGUAGCGCUACAUCUCUUCUUGUUCGCUGCUUCAUGCUUCACCCUUGCGUUUCCCAGCAUUACCGACAUGUCCUGUCAAAUGCUCAUGGUCAACUCAGCGUACUGCGCAGCAUGUGGAGGUGUUGCUUUCAUUAUGUUGUUCUACUUCUCCGUCCUCUCUUGUCAGACAUGGGGAACAGAGCAGUAUUGGACGAUUGCAGCAGUCGUCACCCUCAGCAUGGCGUUCGUUGACAUUGUCGCUGCCGGCUGGGGAAUCUAUGUUUUUAUCGAGGCCACCACAAACCUCCACGAAGUCGAUCAGGAGACGCAAGUGGGAUGCCAAAACUGGAAAGCAGUCUCAUUCUAUUAUUGUACGGCUUGUGUCAUCAUCCUGCACGUUAUCAUUGCCUUACUGUGCGGGGCCGUUUCAUUCCGUCUGGCCGGCCGAAUUUCGUCACAACUUGACGAGAUUCGCCGGCUUGUUUAA